UUAGGGCUCUUGCUUAUCUCGGCAAUAAACAGCCACCUCCAGCAUAAAUAGCCACGACCAGGAGCUUGUGGAGCACACGUAACAGCAGCAGCAGCAGCAGCAGCAGCCGCCACCGCCGAAGGAGCUGCUCCAGUGCAACCCGACAGCUGUCUCCAGGUUGGCAGGUGUGGCAAGAUGAAGGCCCUCGCAGUGACCCUCGUCCUGGUGUUCCUCACCGCAGGAGCCCAGGCCCGCCACUUCUGGCAGCAGGAUGAGCCCCAGCAGACGGAACUGGAGCGCGUGAAAGACCUGAUCCACGUCUACUUGGAGACGAUCAAAGUUGGCACCAAUGAGGCCGUUUCCCAGUUCGAAGCCUCCGCCCUGGGCCAGCAGCUGAACCUCAACCUGGCCGAGCACUUGGCGAGCCUGCAUGUGGCCGCGGAGAAGCUCCGGGAAGAGCUGGGCCCCCAGAUGCAGGAGCUCCGGCAGCAGCUGAGCCGAGACCUGGAGACCUUCCACCAGGAGCUGGUCAAGGACAUGGAGGGGAUGAAAGCCAAGAUGCAGCCCUACCUCAACCAGUUCCGGGAGAGGGUUCAGCAGGAGGCCGAGGCCAUCCGGACCCGGAUGCAGCCCAUCGGCCAGGAGUUCAAGGAGACGGUCCGCCAGAGCCUGGAGGCGCUGCACCAGAAGGUGGCCCCCGUGGCCGAGGACGCGCGGGACAAGCUGCGGGCCCAUGUGGAGCAGCUGCGCACGGACCUGGCCCCCAUCCAGGAGGAGCUGCGCCAGCAGGUGACCCAGAAGCUGCAGGCCCUGAGGGAGAAGGGCAUCCCCAACGUGGACGAGUACAAGGCCAAGAUCCAGCAGCACGUCAGCUCCUUGUGGGAGAAGAUCCCUCCCUUCGUGGAGAGCCUCCGUGAGCACGUGGGCCCAGCCGUGGAGGUCCUCAAGACCCACAUCCACGGCCUGGUGGAGGCCGCCCAGAAGCAGAUGGAGGCGCAGCAGCAGCAGAGCAGUGCCUAGAGGCAGCCCUGCCCCACUCCCCCAGGGUCCCAGGGACCCCCCCACCUGGACCUCUGGGUGCCCCUUCCCUUGCUCAGGGCCCCCCACCGCACUGCCCCCGCCCCCGCCCAAGCUCACUAUUUAUCACUGACCCUUCUUGAAGGCAUCUAAAACCUGAGUGGAUUGUGGCGGGGUUGGGGGGGGGAAGAUGAUGGGGUUGCAUCUCCCCCCCCCCCCGGAUUAGCAGCUGGAAGACCCCAGGCUGGAAUGGAGGGCCUGCUCCUUCUCCCCUCCUCUCCCCCCUCUAGAUCCAGUGCCUCUCUCCUCCCCCCUCUGCUUUGUGUGACAAAAUAAAAGUGAUUGUAAGUCUGG